GCCACGAAUUUAAGACAAAAGCAGCUCAAGAAGAGCUUUACGCACGAAAUAAAGUAAAGGAGGGAAAGCAGAGAUGAGAGCACAGAUUCAAAAGGCCCCAGCGCAGAUCCUCGAGGUGCUGAAGAAGAAGAAGUCGGUCGGGCUGCAACACUGCAAGCCAACAUCCUCGGUGUGUGUGCUGGACGCGAAGGAUGCUGCUGCGCAUUGCACAGAACACACUUUCCAGUCCAUCCCAGGCCCAACCAACUGGCCCCUGCUGGGGAACCUCGUUGACAUCCUGCGCAGAGGAGGCUUACAAAAACAACACCAGACACUGAUGGAUUACCAUAAGAAAUUUGGCAAAAUCUUUAAGAUGAAAAUAGGCUCGUUUGAAUCAGUGAACAUUGGCGCGCCUUGCUUGCUGGAAGCCUUGUACAGGAAGGAGGGAAGUUAUCCGCAGAGACUGGAAAUUAAACCAUGGAAGGCAUACAGAGACCUGCGGGAUGAGGCUUAUGGACUUCUCAUCUUAGAAGGAAAGGACUGGCAGAGAGUCCGAAGCACAUUUCAACAGAAACUCAUGAAACCAACCGAGGUUGUGAAACUCGAUGGGAAAAUUAAUGAGGUUUUGGCUGAUUUCGUUAAUAGGAUUGGAGAUGUUAAUGUGAACGGGAAGAUCAAUGACUUGUAUUUUGAACUCAACAAGUGGUCCUUUGAAACUAUUUGUUACGUUCUCUAUGACAAACGAUUUGGGAUUUUGCAAGAACACGCCAAUGAGGAGGCGACUGACUUUAUCACCGCGAUAAAAACGAUGAUGAACAUGUUUGGCAGAAUGAUGGUAACUCCGGUCAGUCUGCACAAAAGCCUGAACACAAAGACAUGGCAAGAACACACAGCUGCUUGGGACCGUAUUUUUAAUAUAGCAAAAAUCUACAUUGACAAGAAGUUGAAGAGACACUCAAGUGGAGAAACUGAUGGCUUCCUUAGUGAUAUCUACCAUAACUGUCCCCUCACCAGAAAGGAGCUGUAUGCAGCAAUAACUGAGCUCCAAAUUGGGGGUGUAGAGACAACUGCCAACAGUGCAUUAUGGGCUAUUUUUAACCUCUCACGGAACCCCCAUGCCCAGGACAAACUACUGAAGGAGAUCAGAGAAGUAGUGCCCCCUGGACAGGUUCCAUGUGCUGAGCAUAUAAAAAACAUGCCAUAUCUCAAGGCAUGUCUGAAGGAGUCUAUGAGAGUUUCACCCUCCAUCCCCUUUACAAGCCGAACUUUGGACAGAGAUACUGUGCUUGGGGAAUACAGUCUCCCUAAAGGGACUGUUCUGAUGAUUAAUAGCCAGGCACUGGGGUCUAAUGAGGAGUAUUUUGACAAUGGGAAGCAGUUCAUGCCAGAACGGUGGCUCGAGAAUAAAAACUCCAUCAACCCAUUUGCCCAUAUACCUUUUGGCAUCGGCAAGAGAAUGUGCAUUGGUCGUCGCCUGGCUGAGCUACAGAUACAGCUCGCACUAUGCUGGUUAAUUCGUGAUUAUGAGAUUGCAGCAACGGAUAAUAAUCCAGUGGAGGCCAUACAUACAGGAACACUGGUGCCAAACCGAGAACUUCCUGUGGCUUUUAUUCGUCGAUAAGGAUUUAUCCAUUGACAGAACUAUAUUCCUAGAAGAAAUAUAGAUAUACUUGCAUUAUUUUGAAAAUGUAUAAUCAGGCAAAAUCUUUUAUGCAUUUAACAUUAUGUGUUUUUACUUUUUCAAAAUCAUGUAGGAACAAAAAACUCCAUGGCCUUUGGUGAGAAAUAUUCACAAGGCUUAGUUUUGCUGCUACUCUGCUGCUAAUCUGAUUAUUAUUAUUUAAGAUAUACCUCAAAUAAUGAUUUUUUUUAGUUUACAUUGUAACUGAUUAGGAUAUACAUGAAUGUACAUACAGUAUAUAAUAUAUUCCAUGUUAUAUUGUACUCUAGUAUAAUAGUUUCACUUUAGAUGGCUGAAUUGAGUCAUUACAAAUCAUAAUGCUGAUGAUAUUUUACGUUUAAAUGAAUUAUUUUGUAAGCUGAUAUUUAAAAUACCAUAUUAUUUGUAUUAUAUGUAUGAAUGUAGUGUACCACUAGAGUAUGUAUAAAAUUGUGUAAACUAUGUAAAACUUGGAGAGUCUGCAAAUAAUGGUCUUAUACUGUAUAUGUUGUAUAUAGUCCUACUAUUUCUAUAUAGCAAUUACAAUGCUAACAAUAUAUUUUUUUAAUGUAUCUGUAUGCAUCUUUUGGAAAACAAAUUAAUA